AUGCCUCCUCCUACGUAUAUAAUUUCGAGGGUGGCAGAUCCCGUCUUUGCUGUGUUUAUCGGCCUCUCAGCCGCCGUUACCAGAGUCAGGCGUGAGGAGAAGGAAAAGGGAAGGACCUCGGCUGAGACUAUGGACGCUUUCAAGAGACGCCUCAGGUAUACUGUCGGCAUGAGCAGUAAUUAA